UUCAAAUUUAUUUUUCAUAAUCGCCUCUUUCCGUCCACAAAUGUUCCGACUGACAGCGCGUCUCCGGCCGCACGCUCGGCUGCUUGCUCAGCGGCGCAUCUCGACAUUCAACAUGGACAACAGCGUGCGUGGGCGACUGCAGCCAUUGAUGACGGGCAUCAAGAUAGUCAGCGGGAUCGCCGGGCUUGUAGCACUGGGCUCAGCGGGGUUCUACCUGUACAUCAACCACCACCUGGACACGAACUGGCCGGCCUCCCCGCUGAUCACCAACCCGGCGACACGCAAGCUGCUGCGCGGGGCAGCCCUACGCGAGCACCUGGCGCCCAACGCGCCGAUCGCCUACCUGUUCCUUUUGCGAGCCCUGGAGCAGAUCCAGCAGGACGGCAAAUUGCCCGAGGAGUCGCCGGAAGUGCAGGAGCUGGUGGUGCGAUUGGCCAGUGCGGCGCGCGCGGCAGGCGAGACGGCAGCGGCCGAGCAGCUGCUGAAGCGAGCGUGGGCCAUGGUCGUCGACGGGCAGGGCCGGGCGAUCUGUGCGCCGGUUGUUGUUGGCGCAGUGACGGUGCAGUAUCCGGAGCAGUGGCGGGACAGGCAGAUCGGGCAGAUUGCGGACCAGCUGGGCCCGCUGCUGACCGGCCAGGGUCGGGCGGCCGAGGCAGUGCGUGUUUUCGGCGCGGCGCUGCAGGCGGCCAAGCGCCAGGAGGAAAAUGACGAGGAUGCGAUGCUUUUGCGGCAGGCCAACCUGGUCACGUCUUUGGGCGAGGCCUUUGCGCUGCAUGGCGAUGUGGAUAGCGCCAGGGCGCUGUUUGAGAGCGCGCUGGUGGAUGUGCAGAAAAGGGCGGGCGACGGCCCGUGGGCGUGCCUGGACGCCGUGCUGAUGUAUAAUUUGGCGCAGAUCAGCGCGCGGGCCGAGGAGAAGCGGGCGUGGGCGAAUUCGGCGCUCAGCGUGGUGCGCAAGCAGCGGGAUGUGCGCGCAUGCCUGAACUGCGAGACGCAUGUGGUCAGGCUUCUGGGCGGCAUGGCCGAGCUGCAGGGCGACCUGGCCGAGGCCAAGAAGCUGUACGACAAGUCGCUGGAGCUGGCGCGCCGAUCGGGCACCGGCAAUAUCGAGCUGACCAGGGAGGCGGCUGAGCGCGUAGCGCACAAGAUGCUAAUUGAUGAAUAAAAAUCUACCCAAAGAUGCUUGCGUCAACCAGCCGGAACGUACUGGCCAGCUGCCGGAACUCUGCAUACGCUGCCGAUACGUCGGCCAGCCCCGGCACGUUCAUGGUUAUCAGAACGUCGGCGUCGUUUUCGGGAAUGCGCUGAAGCGCCAGCAGCACAGCCACGCACUGCGUCCCCUGCUGGUUGAAUUUCCCUGCUUGCUGUCGGCCCGCCAAUGCAAACAUGCCGUUUGUUUCUGUGGUUUCGACGAUUUCGCUCUCGGCCGCGUCGUUGGCAUUGGCCAGCUGCGCGAAAUGGUACUCGAUGGCCUGCAUGCCAGGCUGCGGCACGGCCUCCAGAAUCUCGAUGAUCAGGCUGCGGUCUGUCGAGGUGUCGCAGAACACCUCUUGGUUGUCCGGCACCUGCCGGAACUCGCUUAUGUCGACCAUGCCCGAUGGCACCUGCAUGGUCAUUGCGCCGCCGUAGAGCUCGCGUACAGUGGUCAUUUUUCUACG